UUUUUUCAUCUCCUGUUUUGACUUGAUCACUUGGCCAUGACACGGAAUUUCCUGCGCGAAAACCGGCUGAUGGUGAGCCAGACAUCUAGAAAUUACCAACUGCCCACAAUGGCCUCCAGGGCCAGAUGCUACGGACCAGUUAAGGUCGGAUCAACCGCAACUCAGCGGGGUUCGACGGGUGGAAGAACUCUACCAAGAAAGACUAUCAGUCGACAAACAUCCUCCGAGAAGCAGAUCCAAACGGAGGAGAUUAGCGACGAACGGUUUCUCAGUGCCGCCCUGCUCAAGUGCUCCGAAAAGUCCCCAUCCCCAUCCCAAUCCCACCUUCAAUCCCGCAGCGAGGGCGACGAGGCAGGACAGUUCCUGGGCGAGGGACUACGCCUGCGACGCACUGCAUCCAAUUUCGAGCUGGGCAGGAUGUCGGAACAACGCGAUGGCCAUCAACCGGGGCAGUACACACUGCACAGGCCGUUGGCCAGCGCGUUCGGCAUUUUGCCCAGUGGAUUAAAUUACCUGGACACCAGUUGCUCCUCUAUUCCAAAGCAAGACGACGAGUCAUCCUCCAGGACAAGUUCUCCCAGAUGCCGGCAAAUGGACAUCCCGGAGAUGGUAGAUGUAGACCCGGAGGAUAUGCUGAGCAUACAUUCUCAAGCAUCCUGUGAGGAGCUCCCCUCGAAAGAGAGUCAGCCCCAAGUAUUGGAGAUCCCGCCAAAGGAAGAUCACCAGAAGGAGCUGGAGAAGCAGCCGGAUCCCCAACUCAUCCUGCUAUCAAUUGAACAGAGAAGAGAUCUUUUGGAAUCUGCCCAGGAACGGCAAAGACAAUUGAUUUCCGAGUACAAUCGUCUGCCCCUUUCCAUGGGCACUUUGCGGGUGCGCAAUCUCAAAAGGAAGUUGGAGCAGCAAUUGGAUGUGGUGGACCACGAUCUCAGCAUGCUUUUACAGGCGAAAGUCUACUUGAAACAGGAGAACAAUUGUGAAACAAUUUGCCUAUCAAAAAAUGUAAAUGAAAAAAGGUGGUUAAAUAAAAUUUGA